AUGGCCUCGGACGAUCUUGUAUGGUCCGUUAUUGGCACCGAUUUCUGCAGCUUCAAACUCAAAACCACAAAAGACCAAACUUUCUGCAGAAACGAACACAACGUAUCAGGUUACUGCUCCAAGCAGUCGUGCCCCCUCGCGAACUCACGCUAUGCCACGAUUCGCUCAGAUCCCGCGACCGGCGAGCUGUAUCUAUACAUCAAAGCGAUCGAACGCGCACAUCUUCCGUCGCAAUGGUGGGAAAAGAUAAAGCUUCCUAAGAACUAUAGCCAAGCGCUCGAGAUGGUCGACCAGCACCUCGCAUACUUCCCCAAGUUCCUUAAGCACAAGAACAAGCAGCGCUUGACUCGUCUUACUCAAGUCAACAUAAGGAUACGGAAACUGGCCAAGGAAGAAGAGCGUCUAGGAGAGCGCCUAGUUCCCAGACUGGCACCCAAGGUCCGCCGACGAGAGGAAGGCCGUGAGCGCAAAGCUCUCGCAGCCGCCAAGGUCGAGCGCGCCAUCGAGCGAGUUCUCAUUGACCGUCUGCGUAGUGGCGCAUACGGCGAUCGACCGAUCAACGUUGAACCAAAUGUCUGGAAGCGUGUCAUGCGCGGCCUGCAGAAAGAGGGCCAGCUCAAGGGCGACGAGGAUCUGGACGAAGGCAUUGAGGAGGAAGACGAGAACGAAUACGAACACGAGAUGGAGAACGGUGUGGGCGAAGUCGAAUACGUGAGCGACAUUGAGGGCGAAUCCGACGACGAGAUGGAGGACUUUGAAGACUGGAUAGGCGGACAGAGUCCUGAUGAAGGCUCAGGUGACGAAGACGACGAGAGCGGUAGUGGCAGCGAAGAAGAUGAGGAGGAUGAGUCUGCAGAUGAGGACACAGAGGCUCUCAAAAAGACGCUCGCAAAUCUCAAGCGCAAGCGUCCUGCUGGCCCGCCACCCAAGCCCAAGAAGAAGCCCUCGAAGGACUCAAAAGGUCCGAGACGCGAGAUCGAAUACGAGAUGGAGAGAGAGCCCGCUGCGAGAGAAGCUAUGCGCGUAUGA